CGGCGGCGCCGGGGGGAGGGUCCUCGGGAGCGGACGUUCGGCGGCGCCCGCGUCAGCGCCCCGGGAAGAGGAGGGCGAAGGCGCCACCCGCCAUGUUGGAUGCCGCAGAUUCGCCAUAAGCCGGCCGGCUCUCGGCCGAAAAAAAUAAAAAAUCCGGAGCCGCGCCGCCGCGGAGCGCCCCGCCGUCUCGGGCAGCGUGGGAGGGGCCCGGAAGAGCCCCGAAGCUUUUUUUCCCCCUCCGCGGCGGCGGCGUUGCUAUGGAGACGCGGGCUGCAGAAAGCACAGCUAUCUUCAUGUGUAAAUGCUGUAAUCUGUUUUCACCAAAUCAGUCGGAGCUCCUCUCCCACGUCUCCGAGAAGCACACAGAGGAGGGGGUGAAUGUGGAUGAGAUCAUCAUCCCCCUCCGGCCUCUGAGCACUCCGGACCCCACCAGUACCAGCAAAACUGGAGAUGAGCACUCAGUCACGAAGAGGAAGAGAGGCCGGCCCAAGGGCUCUACCAAGAAGCCCAGCAGUGAAGAGGAGCCAGCAGUGAGCGUGGGGGGUCCCAGCAAUGCCAGCCCCGCGGUCCCCUCAGAGAGCAGCCUGGCUCUGAGCAGCUUGGAGUGCAGCAAGUGCUGUCGGAAGUUCUCCAACUCUCGCCAGCUGAGGAAGCACAUCUGCAUCAUCGUGCUGAACUUGGGUGAAGAGGAAGGAGACGCAGGUAAUGAAUCUGACCUUGAACUGGAAAAAAAGUAUAAAGAAGAUGAUCGAGAAAAGGCCCCAAAGAGACCCCGGACACAGAAAACAGAGAAGGUGCAAAAGAUGUCCUCGGGAAAGGAGGCUGGACCAACCGCUGGGGCAAAGAAACCCAUUAUAAGUGUGGUUUUGACAGCACAUGAAGCCAUUCCAGGUGCUACCAAGAUUGUUCCGGUGGAGGCGGGGCCCCCAGAAACAGGGGCAGCAAACCCUGAGACCACCACAGCCGACGUGGCACCUCGGAGAGGAUACCAGGAGUAUGCCAUUCAGCAGACACCGUAUGAACAGCCAAUGAAGUCAAGCAGGCUCGGUCCCACCCAGCUGAAGAUCUUCACGUGUGAAUACUGCAACAAGGUCUUCAAGUUCAAGCACUCGCUGCAGGCCCACCUGCGGAUCCACACCAACGAGAAGCCCUACAAGUGCUCCCAGUGCAGCUACGCCAGCGCCAUCAAGGCCAACCUCAACGUGCACCUGCGCAAGCACACGGGCGAGAAGUUCGCCUGUGACUACUGCGCUUUCACCUGCCUGAGCAAAGGCCACCUCAAGGUGCACAUUGAGCGGGUGCACAAGAAGAUCAAGCAGCACUGCCGCUUCUGCAAGAAGAAGUACUCGGAUGUCAAGAACCUCAUCAAGCACAUCCGAGAUGCCCACGACCCGCAGGACAAGAAGGUCCAGGAGGCCUUGGACGAGCUGUGCCUGAUGACCCGGGAGGGCAAGCGGCAGCUGCUCUACGACUGCCACAUCUGUGAGCGCAAGUUCAAGAACGAGCUGGACCGGGACCGCCACAUGCUGGUCCACGGCGACAAGUGGCCCUUCGCCUGCGAGCUCUGUGGCCACGGGGCCACCAAGUACCAGGCCCUGGAGCUCCACGUCAGGAAGCACCCUUUCGUGUACGUCUGCGCCAUCUGCCUCAAGAAGUUUGUCAGCUCCAUCCGGCUGCGCGCCCACAUCAAGGAGGCACACGGGGCCGCCCAGGAGCAGGUGGUCUUCACCAACUCCAUCAACCAGAGCUUCUGCCUCCUGGAGCCUGGGGGGGAUAUCCAGCAGGAGGCCUUGGGGGGCCAGCUGCAGCUGGCGGAAGAGGAGUUUGUGUUCCAGGGGGUCAACGCCCCCAAGGAGGCUGCCUGCCCUGGGGAGGCCCCACCCGAGGAGGGGCCGAAGGAGUCUGCCGCCCCCGUGGCCGUGCCUGCCCCCCUAGGGCACCUAGCCACGACCCAGGUUGAAGGCGCCAUCCUGCCUCCCUGCGACCUGGAGGCCACAGUGGCCUCCCCAGCUCUUCCCUCGCCCGUGGUCGUUUCCGAUGAGUUUCUGUUGAAAACCAAUGUGCUCUGUGCGGAGGCUCACAGCGCUCCCGAGGGGACCUUGGAGCCCUCUGGAGGGGGCACCCCACAGGCCCAGGGUGAGGACGUGACGCUCCUGCUGCCCAAAGUGAAAAGGGAGGAGGCCAAUCCAGAGGCCCAGGGUGCCGAGGGCCCUUCAGAGGAAGCACCCAAAGUGACCUCCCUCCUGCCCGAUGCCCCCGAUCCCAGGAGCUGUCUCAGGCCAGACCAGGAGCGGGCUGCCGACCUUCCUGGGGCCAGCGACAGGGAUGGGGCCACAGGCCAGCCUGACUCUUGUACCCCCGCCGUGACUGAGCACCGACCUGGCAUCAGCGCCUUCAUGAAGAUUCUGGAUGGCUUACAGAAGAGGCAAAUGAACACUGGCUUGUGCGAGAGGAUCCGGAAGGUGUACGGAGACCUGGAGUGUGAAUACUGUGGCAAACUUUUUUGGUACCAAGUGCAUUUUGAUAUGCAUGUCCGCACCCACACCCGGGAACAUCUGUAUUAUUGCUCCCAGUGUCAUUAUUCUUCCAUCACCAAAAACUGCCUUAAACGCCAUGUAAUUCAGAAACACAGUAACAUCUUGCUGAAGUGUCCCACUGACGGCUGUGACUACUCGACUCCAGAUAAAUAUAAGCUGCAGGCACAUCUUAAAGUUCACACAGAGCUGGACAAAAGGAGUUAUUCUUGUCCCGUGUGUGAAAAAUCUUUUUCAGAAGAUCGAUUGAUAAAGUCACACAUCAAGACCAACCAUCCUGAGGUCUCCAUGAGUACCAUCUCUGAGGUUCUCGGGAGGAGGGUUCAGCUGAAAGGGCUGAUUGGGAAGAGAGCCAUGAAAUGCCCAUAUUGUGAUUUCUAUUUCAUGAAGAAUGGCUCAGACCUUCAACGUCACAUUUGGGCUCAUGAAGGUGUGAAGCCCUUCAAAUGUUCUUUGUGUGAGUAUGCCACUCGUAGCAAGAGUAACCUGAAGGCUCAUAUGAAUCGUCACAGCACUGAGAAAACACACCUGUGUGACAUGUGUGGCAAGAAAUUUAAAUCAAAAGGAACAUUGAAAAGUCACAAGCUCCUCCACACGGCUGAUGGGAAGCAGUUUAAGUGCACGGUGUGCGACUACACGGCAGCCCAGAAGCCACAGCUGCUGCGCCACAUGGAGCAGCACGCCUCCUUCAAGCCAUUCCGCUGUGCCCAUUGCCAUUACUCCUGCAACAUGUCUGGCUCUCUGAAGCGGCAUUACAACAGGAAGCACCCGAACGAAGAGUACACCAACGUGGGCACCGGGGAGCUCGCAGCAGACACACUCAUCCAGCAAGGUGGUUUGAAGUGUCCCGUUUGCAGCUUUGUAUACGGCACCAAGUGGGAGUUUAACAGACACUUGAAAAACAAGCAUGGGCUGAAGUUGGUGGAAAAUGAAGGAGACUCCAAGUGGGAACCAGCAACAGAAACUUCUGAGGAGCCCUCUACCCAGUAUCUGCACAUCACAGAAGCUGAAGAGGAUGUUCAGGGGACGCAGGCAGCUGUGGCCGCACUCCAGGACCUGAGAUACACCUCAGAGAGCGGUGACCGACUCGACCCCACCGCUGUAAACAUCCUCCAGCAGAUCAUCGAGCUGGGCACAGAGACCCAUGAUGCCACGGCUGUUGCCUCAGUUGUCGCCAUGGCCCCAGGGACAGUGACUGUCGUGAAACAGGUCACGGACGAGGAGCCCGCGUCCAACCACACCGUCAUGAUCCAGGAGACCCUGCAGCAGGCCUCUGUGGAGCUCGCGCAGCAGCACCACCUGGUGGUGUCCUCAGACGACGUGGAGGGCAUCGAGACCGUGACUGUCUACACCCAGGGCGGGGAGGCCUCCGAGUUCAUUGUGUAUGUGCAGGAGGCCAUGCAGCCCAUGGAGGAACCGGCCUUGGGGCAGCCAGCCCUGGAACUCUAGAGGACACGUGGGCUCAGAAGCCCGGGGCAGGGCCGCCCGGCUGUUGGCACCGGAGACACCCAGGGCAGGAGGGCGCUGCCCCGCGCUCUCCCUGCUGCCCUCCUCCGGGGCCCGCCCUGGCAGCCAGACGGGGGCGCUCCUUGUUCUGCCUCCGGGUCGGCAAGGCAGAGUCCUCAUCACCAGCAUUCCAGAACCCCUGCCCCGACAUAGGGGGCCAUGGGCUCGCCCUGUCUGCCUCAGAGCAAAGACUUUGGCAUCAACUACCCAAAUGCGGCCCCUGUGGCUUCAAGAGUCCGCCUGAGAGGCGCCUGCUCGCCCCUCCGCUGCCGUGCUACUGUCUGUCAGCAUCUUCCCCACAGCACACCCUGACUCCUUCCCUCUCCUCGGUGGGUGCCAGCUCAUCUGGGCGGCUCCUCAGCCCGGGGAAGGGAGGGAGCCAUCCUAGAGAAAGUGCCCUUAGGAUUCUCCAGCCCCUCUGGCACAGGGAGGGGGCGAUCAGGGCUCCGGCUUCAUUACCAAGUUUUACCCUUUUUACGGAUCAAGGGUGCUCGCCUUCAUGUGAGGUUACCUCCCCUUUGGCGGGCAGGGUCCCCACUCCCUCCACAGGUGGGGUCUCCAUUGCCAGGUUAGGAUUUUCUUUAAAAAAACAAAAACAAAACCAGACAGAUGCACUUUUCACACCCUUCACCUCCCACAGGCAGGAGGAGAAGUGGAUAGAAUCCAACACCUGCUGCCAUGGGCCCUCCUUUCCCGUGGGAUGGUGUCACCUUCUCCUCCCUAAUUGAAAACCUUAGGUUUGGGCUGCACCUCAAAACACCCGCUCUGAGGCCCGGGCCCUGAAAAUGCACCUGAUGAGAGUCUUCCCCAUGGAUGCUCUGAGCUUCCCUCCUGGGGCUGUUCUCCGAGGGCUGUGCUCUCUCUCUCUCCCCCUCAUUUCCUGGUCCAGCGCUGGCUUUGCUCUGGCAAUCAGAAGCUAUCGGCCGACCCUCGUGUCACCAAGGCUUCCUCCCAGGUGCUCGUGAGACAUUCUGUACGUUCUGUAGUGGCUGCUCUCUGCACCGCACACAGGGCAUCACGCCACACCCUGCCCAGCCCCUCCUCUCCCCCCUGUUCACCUUGUUCAAGGUCAGGACUUGAUUCCUUCUUUCUAAUGAAAUCUUAGGUGGGUUAAUACAGAUAUUAAGGCAGGUCACAUAGCAGCCACUCUGGCUGGAGAGGUCCACAAGCCCUUUGUACUUAGCCCUCAAUGCUACUGCGCUCUCAGUCCUGGGAUGGGUAGGGGGUAGGGGGAGCACUUGAAAGCUACUGCCCUAAGAAGGGAGGUGACUUCUCAACCCCAUGCAAGAAAAAGGGACUUUGUAAACUAGAUAAAUUUGACCCCAGUAGGGAUGGGGUGGGGGGUGGGGAUGUGGAAUCCAAAAAAGAACAAGACGAGGCAGGGAAAAUUAGGAGAGUGGGCACAGCUCAUGAGCUAUUUCCUUCUGACCAGUGGGUAGCUCUAAAGCAAAGAGUUGAAAGAUCAAUUACAAGCUAGAAUCUAGGAGAACAGGACUGAGAGAUGAUGGAUAAUGAUUUUCCUCCGUAAUCAUGGGGAGGUGAUAGCCUAUUCACAGCCCCAGAAUGCAAAGGUCAUAGAAACCUUUCAGAGUGAGCAGUCCUCUUUGUGUGCACUGACUGGGGCAUGUAGAAAUGGUGGGAGGUUCUCAGUAGAGAUGGUCCUAGGUUUUCUGCAGCAGAUUGUAGGCAGAGAAGCUAAGCUCCAUCUGUGCUCUGUCACUUCAUAUCUGAGUCAGACCUGGGUGGGUUUCUAUGUCUAUCAGUUUUCAUUUGCUCAUCUCUGAAGUGGGGCUGAUGAAAAGAGCUGACUCCUAAGAUUAUUGACUAAGCAAAAGCCACAAAGCCAUUAGCAGGAUAUCUGGCCCACAAACUAUAAUUUUAAGUUAUUAUUCAUGUACUUAGCCAGAGGAGACAUAAACGUAAAUGUCCCUUAGACUCUGCCCUCAAAGAUGUCCUGAUCCAGUGGAACAUGAAUAAAUGUACAGGAGGCAAAGAGCCCCUCACCGUGCUUCGGGAGACACGGGAGCAAGGAACCUGGCCUUUCUUGGUCUCUUGACAUGGGGCAUUGGAUCAGAACUGGUGAGGCCAUGUGACACCAAGGAACAGGUACUCAGCUGUUCAGCAGCAUCGCUCACCUAGCUGCACCGUACCCUUCCUCUGAACCUGUGUGACAGAAGGAUAUCUCAGCCCUGCAUGCCAGCCACUUCACAACUGCACACGAUUCUUUCUGAGCUUCACCUCCAGCGUGUGCCACUCCUUUGCACCAUCAAAGACCUAAAAAUCAUUAGAAGAUCUUGUUCUAAUUUAUAAAUUGCCUGUGAAGGAUGAACAUUCUACUAGUCUGGCAUGGAGAAGGCAACUGCUGCGUGUCUACUGGGAAUCUGUCUGUAGCCCUGUCCAUAGAACUUGCACAUAGGUGUGAGGGGAAGUGGCUUGAAAUGUCCUAGUUUAGGCGGUCACAGGGCCUCAUGUUUGGUGGGUGAAUGAGGAAUCCUGAUUCUGUGCUUAUUCUCUAUGUGUUGUCGACCCAGCUUGGUAUGUGUGAACAUCUGUGUCAUCUACAAAUUGGGAAAAGUCAUUUCAUUCCUUUUGCCUCUGUUUCCAGGACUUACUAUGACAGCAUAUGUUUUAUACGGUACCCAGUACAUUGUGUUGUGCAUAUUAGGAACACAAUAAAUAUUUAUUUUCCUUUC